AAGGAGAUCGUGGUGCCUGCUGAAAGUGUUUAAUGCGUGUUUUAAUGAUAGUGUUUAGUGCUUGAUUGAGGAUUGUACAUAUCUAUGUGUGAAACUCUUACUGGUUCACAACGAGAGAAUGAAACCUUCAACCAUUUUCACUUGUUUCAUAUCAGUUCUCGUUGCAUCGGUUACAAUGUUUUUCGUGCAGAUGCACAUUUUGACUGGAGACAUGCCGAAAAGACGAGUUGAAAAAGCAAACAUAUCAUCGCGGGCACGUAUAGUCAGACAAGUGUGCAACAAAUUUAAUUAUGGUAAACAAUAUGACGUCGAUACAUUUAAAAAUAUAAUAGUGAAUGACAAAUAUAGAAUAAUGUUCUGCUAUGUUCCGAAGGUUGCGUGUACUAAUUUUUUACGAUUGUUUUUAUGGUUAAAUGAAAGUAAUGAAAAUGAUAUGUCAUUUUUUUUGCAGCUAAAUCCCGCUUCUGUUCAUGUUCUAAAAAAGAACAUUUCUAGUUUAAGAGCGUAUUCUUCUUCUGAAAUAAGAUACCGCUUGAAAUACUAUACCAAAGCACUGUUUGUGAGAAAUCCUUUAGUGCGUCUUAUUUCAGCAUUUCGAAAUAAAUUUGUUACAACAACAAAUCCAUACUUCGUGUCUAGAUACGGAAAAAAAAUAGUACAAAGAUCUAAAUCAAACAAAACACCCGCAAUAGGUUCAAUAACAUUUUUAGAGUUUCUAAGAUACUUGACAGAUGAAAGGACUAUCAAAGAGGGAUACCAAGAACACUGGAUGUUAUUUAACGACCUUUGCCAUCCGUGUUUUAUAGACUACAAUUUUAUUGGAACAUAUGAAACUUUUGAUCAGGAUGUCAAUACUUUACUGGAACUGCUUAAUAUACAAGACAAAUUUAUCUUCCCGGGGAGAGAUAAACGUUACAAGCAUGCAAGAUCAGAAGAAUUGUUGUCAUCAACGUUAAGUGAUGUUGACCAAGACACCUUUAACAGUCUUAUCAAUAUAUAUGCUUAUGAUUUUUCUUUAUUCAAUUACACAAUCCCUUCUUUGUCAGAUAUCAAGCUAAAAAGUCGUGAUAUACAUUGAAAUAACGUAACGCAACAAAAUGAUAAUUGUUUAACUUCUUUGAUAACACAUUUUAACAAUACAUCAA